UCUGUAGGGAUCUCUCUUCUCUCUCUAUCUGCAUUAAUAGGAAACAGCCUAUACAUACAAUUAGAUACACACAAAUCGUCGAUCACAGAAUCAAUCCCUAGCUUUCACCUUCACUUCACUCCGUUUUCCGUUACAGCACACGAAUCAAUCCGUAUCUGAAUAAAUCGUGGUUGGUGGAGUGAAGGAGCUUGAUUGCUUGCUGUAUGUCACUGAAUUGCGACGCUCAUUGCGGUGGAUUCGGUGAGAUUGCGAACCAGUUGCAAUGGCCACAGCUCCGAAAAAGGCGACGCUUACUCCUCCUCCUCCUCCGAGCUGCUGCGGCGGCGCUCCUCCAGCUGCCGGCGCCGGCGAUUCGGCCGCCCUAGUCCGCCGCGAGUCCGUCUCCGCCACGGAUUGGACAGUGCCUCCCGCCGCUGAGGAUCAGAAGAAGAAGCCGGCGGCGGCGGCCUUGAUUCGAACGGAGCCUUCUUCCAAUGCCGCAGCGAAAGGGGUCCAAGUCAUGACAAGGGCUCAAACAAAACAUCCGUUAGAUCCCUUAUCUGCUACUGAAAUCUCUGUGGCUGUGGCAACUGUCAGAGCAGCUGGGGCCACCCCUGAGGUCAGAGAUAGCAUGAGGUUUGUUGAAGUUGUUCUGUUGGAACCAGAAAAGCAUGUUGUUGCACUAGCAGAUGCUUAUUUCUUUCCUCCUUUCCAACCAUCAUUGUUGGCUAGAACCAAAGGAGGGCCUGCAAUACCUAGUAAGCUCCCACCAAGGAGAGCCAGAUUAGUUGUUUACAAUAAGAAGUCCAAUGAGACUAGUUUGUGGAUCGUUGAGUUGACUGAAGUACAUGCAACUACUAGAGGUGGACAUCAUCGAGGAAAAGUUGUAUCCUCUGAAAUUGUUCCAGAUGUUCAGCCACCAAUGGAUGCUACAGAAUAUGCAGAAUGCGAAGCUAUUGUGAAAGAUUACCCUCCUUUUAUAGAAGCAAUGAAGAAGAGGGGAAUUCAUGACAUGGACCUUGUCAUGGUUGAUCCAUGGUGUGUUGGAUACCACAGCGAGGCUGAUGCUCCAAGUCGUAGACUUGCAAAACCACUUGUGUUUUGCCGGACAGAGAGUGACUGCCCACUGGAAAAUGGUUAUGCGCGUCCUGUAGAAGGAAUUCAUGUUCUUGUUGAUAUGCAAAAUAUGGUGGUAAUCGAGUUUGAAGAUCGCAAGCUUGUUCCUUUGCCACCGGCUGAUCCUCUGAGAAAUUAUACUCCUGGUGAAACAAGGGGAGGAGUAGAUAGAAGUGAUGUGAAAUCUCUUCAAAUUGUUCAGCCUGAAGGUCCAAGUUUUCGCAUCAAUGGGAAUUACGUAGAGUGGCAGAAGUGGAACUUUCGCAUUGGUUUCACUCCAAGGGAGGGUCUGGUCAUUCAUUCUGUUGCCUAUGUUGAUGGUAGCCGGGGAAGGAGACCUAUAGCGCAUAGGUUGAGUUUUGUGGAGAUGGUUGUGCCGUAUGGUGAUCCUAAUGACCCUCAUUACAGGAAAAACGCAUUUGAUGCAGGGGAAGAUGGUCUGGGCAAGAAUGCCCAUUCUCUGAAGAAGGGAUGUGAUUGCUUGGGAUAUAUAAAGUACUUUGAUGCUCAUUUUACAAACUUUACUGGAGGAGUCGAGACAAUUGAAAACUGUGUAUGCUUGCAUGAAGAGGAUCAUGGAGUCCUAUGGAAGCAUCAAGAUUGGAGAACUGGCAUGGCUGAAGUCCGAAGAUCAAGGCGUCUUACUGUUUCUUUUUUCUGCACUGUGGCGAACUAUGAGUAUGGAUUUUAUUGGCACUUUUACCAGGAUGGGAAGAUUGAAGCUGAAGUUAAACUUACUGGGAUCCUCAGUUUAGGGGCUCUGCAGCCCGGUGAAUUUAGAAAAUAUGGUACAACCAUUGCUCCUGGAUUAUAUGCUCCUGUUCAUCAGCAUUUCUUUGUUUCUCGUAUGGAUAUGGCUGUUGACUGUAAACCUGGGGAAGCACACAAUCAGGUUGUUGAAGUGAAUGUCAGAGUUGAAGAACCUGGAAAGGACAAUGUUCACAAUAAUGCGUUCUAUGCUGAGGAAACUGUCCUUAGAUCCGAAUUAGAGGCAAUGCGUGAUUGUGAUCCAUUAUCUGGCCGCCACUGGAUUAUAAGGAACACAAGAACUGUGAAUCGGACUGGAAAACUGACAGGCUACAAACUGGUGCCUGGUUCAAAUUGUCUUCCACUGGCUGGACCCGAGGCUAAAUUUCUGAGAAGGGCUGCAUUUUUGAAGCAUAAUCUGUGGGUUACACAAUAUGCACGUGGAGAGGAUUUCCCUGGAGGAGAGUUUCCCAACCAAAAUCCACGUGCCGGUGAAGGAUUGGCUUCAUGGGUGAAGCAGAAUCGGCCUUUGGAGGAAAAUGAUAUCGUUCUCUGGUACAUCUUUGGCAUCACACAUGUUCCUCGACUGGAAGACUGGCCUGUUAUGCCCGUGGAGCACAUUGGUUUCGUGCUUCAGCCGCACGGAUUCUUCAAUUGCUCUCCUGCGGUUGAUGUGCCGCCCAGUGCCUGGGAGAUGGAUCCAAAAGAGAACGAUGUCAAAGAAAACGGCGUUGCUAAGGCAAGUUCACCUAUUCUCAUUUCAAAGAUCUGAAGGGAAUGAAACGCGUUAUUUGAUAACCAUGAUGGAUGAAUUCGCCAUGCCUGUACAUACCUGCAUCCUAGUUUAGUAGAGACUCAUCUCUUUGCUCUACUCCCAGUUUACUAGUUCUUUUGUCCAGACGGUAUUGUUUUAUCGUACUUGUUGUCCAACUCUUUAUGAGUUCGAUCUUUUCGCUCGCCUGAACAUGAAUAUGUAUUUCCAGACUUUGUUGCUACCUCUCUUGAAUAAUGAUCUGUUAUUUUUACUUUUUUUUU